AUGGCUCUUUCUGAGACAUGGGUACAGUUUGUAAUGGCCGCCACUCUUCCCUGCUCCACAGACCAGGCCAGCAUCCAGGCCGCCGCCCUGCCUGGCACUGACGGCUGUCUGGCCUCCCCGAGGGUCCCUGCAGGACUGGACACGGUGUGUGCUGGUGGGAGUGGUGCUGCGGUGGAGGUUGUGAGGCCGGGCAGCAACAUGAGCGGCCGGCGGCGGCGGCAACAGCGGCAGCAGCAGCAGCAACCAGCCUCAGGUGUGGGGAGGCACAGGUGUGGUGGCAAGAAUCACCUGGAGGCAGGCAGCUCUGUCCACAGAGGAGAGAGCAAGUUUGAGUGCCAGCAGUGUGACAAAACUUUUGUAUCCAGACAAGGCCUUGACUACCACACCCUGACACACCGUGGUGUUAGAAAUUAUGAGUGUGGUGAGUGUGGCAAGAAAUUUACCACAAAGUCUCACCUCACCAGACACACCCUGACACACAGUGGUGUUAGAAAUUAUGAGUGUGAUGAGUGUAGCAAGAAAUUUACCACAAAGUCUCACCUCACCAGACACACCCUGACACACAGUGGUGUUAGAAAUUAUGAGUGUGAUGAGUGUGGGAAGAAAUUUAUCCACAAGUCUAACCUCACCACACACACCCUGACACACAGUGGUGUUAGAAAUUAUGAGUGUGAUGAGUGUGGGAAGAAAUUUACCCACAAAUCUUACCUCACCACACACACCCUGACACACAGUGGUGUUAGAAAUUAUGAGUGUGAUGAGUGUGGCAAGAAAUUUACCCAAAAGUCUUCCCUCAACACACACACCCUGACACACAGUGGUGUUAAAAAUUAUAAGUGUGAUGAGUGUGGGAAGAAAUUUACCCACAAGUCUUACCUCAACACACACACCCUGACACACAGUGGUGUUAGAAAUUAUGAGUGUGAUGAGUGUGGGAAGAAAUUUACCCACAAGUCUACCCUCACCACACACAUCCUGACACACAGUGGUGUUAAAAAUUAUGAGUGUGAUGAGUGUGGGAAGAAAUUUACCUACAAGUCUUACCUCACCACACACACCCUGACACACAGUGGUGUUAGAAAUUAUGAGUGUGGUGAGUGUGGGAAGAAAUUUACCCAGAAGGGUAACCUCACCACACACACCCUGACACACAGUGGUGUUAGAAAUUAUGAGUGUGGUGAAUGUGGGAAGAAAUUUACCCAAAAGUCUUCCCUCACCACACACACCCUGACACACAGUGGUGUUAAAAAUUAUGAGUGUGGUGAGUGUGGGAAGAAAUUUACCCACAAGGGUAACCUCACCAGACACACCCUGACACACAGUGGUGUUAAAAAUUAUGAGUGUGAUGAGUGUGGGAAAAGAUUUACCACCACUUCUCGUCUCAAUCAACACACCUUCAGACACACUGGCUUGAGGGAGUUCAAGUGUGAUGUUUGUGGCAAGUGUUUCAAGACAAAGGCUGAGAUUGCCAGGCACGUGAAGAUCCACUUCUGAGGUGGUGGUGUGUGGACACAUGGGUCCACACCUGUAGCUGGUGGUGGUGGUAGCCAUGCCUGUGUGUGCUGUGAGGGAGUCAUGGCCCCAGCAGUUUUGUGUGGUGGUGGUGGUGGUGGUGGUGGUCGUGGUGUGGGGGAGUCAUGGCCCCAGCAGUUUUGUGUGGUGGUGGUGGUGGUGGUGGUGUGGGGGAGUCAUGGCCCCAGCAGUUUUGUGUGGUGGUGGUGGUGGUCGUGGUGUGGGGGAGUCAUGGCCCCAGCAGUUUUGUGUGGUGGUGGUGGUGGUGGUGGUGUGGGGGAGUCAUGGCCCCAGCAUUUGUUUUGUUGGCAGUGCAGGUGUGACUCAAUAAAUGUGUGUGUGCAGUAAACCUUUGUUUGUGUAUUCACCAGGUGUAGUAUACAGGGCCUCAGCUACAGGAAUAUAUUGUAGUGAGGCAGCCCCUCUCUCUCCUUGCCUCAAGUGUUUGUGUAUUCACCAGGUGUAGUGUACAGGGCCUCAGCUACAGGAAUAUAUUGUAGUGAGGCAGCCCCUCUCUCUCCUUGCCUCAAGUGUUUGUGUAUUCACCAGGUGUAGUAUACAGGGCCUCAGCUACAGGAAUAUAUUGUAGUGAGGCAGCCCCUCUCUCUCCUUGCCUCAAGUGUUUGUGUAUUCACCAGGUGUAGUAUACAGGGCCUCAGCUACAGGAAUAUAUUGUAGUGAGGCAGCCCUUCUCUCUCUCCUUGCCUCAAGUGUUUGUGUAUUCACCAGGUGUAGUAUACAGGGCCUCAGCUACAGGAAUAUAUUGUAGUGAGGCAGCCCUUCUCUCUCUCCUUGCCUCAAGUGUUUGUGUAUUCACCAGGUGUAGUAUACAGGGCCUCAGCUACAGGAAUAUAUUGUAGUGAGGCAGCCCCUCUCUCUCCUUGCCUCAAGUGUUUGUGUAUUCACCAGGUGUAGUAUACAGGGCCUCAGCUACAGGAAUAUAUUGUAGUGAGGCAGCCCCUCUCUCUCCUUGCCUCAAGUGUUUGUGUAUUCACCAGGUGUAGUAUACAGGGCCUCAGCUACAGGAAUAUAUUGUAGUGAGGCA